AUGUCAAACACUUGGCUGGUGUCUCUGCUGGAGCUGCUGUUGCUGUCGUUGUUGGGCCAGUGCCAGCACAAGCUAUCAUUGAAUGCAUGGGCCAAGAGCGAUGCCCUGGAUGUGUUUGCCACAUCGCCGCAUCUGGCAACGUCCAUUGAUGCGCAUACGAAUCACGAAAACCAUGUCAACAAUAGCACGCUGGCAGCCGCUGAGGAACUGGACCCAUUGGCACCGCCGGCUGCUUCAUUGAGGCCAUUGUCGCAGCGUAAACUCUCGAGGGGGAAACGUUUUGUGGCAUUUCCGUUGGGUUCAUCGGCAUCUGUUUCUGUGUGCUUCACUGUGGGCAUCAUUGGCAAUCCCUACUAUGCCCACAAUAGUUUCGGCCUCAAUUGGGGCGUUGCCUAUGAUCUGCCCAACAAUACGUGGAUCCUAGAGAGCCUGCACGGCCUUUCGCGGCGUCCAACAACGGCAGCAGUUUUACGGCGCCGAGCCAGAAGUGCCAUCUAUCAGGAUAUUGAAGCUAUUGUUGAUAACAUGGGUUACAAUGGGCGUGAUUGCAUUUUGCGUACUCUCUGCGAAAGUCGUCAGUAUUUCCAGCGUACCAAGAUGAACAUGGUUGGUGAGAUGUUGCGCACAAUCUUCAGUCUGCCUAAGCAGCGCAUUUUUUCGCGAGAGCUGCACGAAAAUUUGGAUAUUGUGCACUACGAUAAUGCAUAUCGCCACGCCCAUAGUGUUGACUGUGCCAAUCAAUAUGACUGUCAGUUUUCGCUACUAGAGUUGGCUUUUGGAAAAUACUCGACGCCGCCGAAAAAUUAUUAUGCCCAAUAAAUUGCAAUACUAAAAA